AGAAGAAUGGUGUGUUCUGUGCAGAUGCAGGGAUUGGUUGGAGGUCCCAGGGGAGUCUCAUAGAGAGGCCCAUAUGUCGACCCAUUAAACAGUUUUUAAAUGACACGUGUCCAAGCUCGGCUGAGACGGUCCCACGUGACACGUGUCCAAGCCUGAGCUGGCUAGGCUGACGUAUACAAGAAGAGAAGAAGAAGAAGAAGAAGAAGGAGGAAGAAGAAGAAGAAGAAGAAGAAGAGUGGCAACACGUAUUAUGAGAGGCAAGAAUCACACCAAUCGAACUCUCAACCUAAAAACCACAACCUGCAAAUCCUACGACCGAAAGCGAAACCCCUCUAGCUCCUCCUCCUCCUCUUCUCCUGACGCCUUGACGGCUUCUGGAACCUUCUAGAAGAACCACCAUGGUCUUCUAGAAGCCAGCCUGCUGCCUUCCACAAAUGGAUCAUCAAGAGGAGUUUUCCACUGAUUAAUUACACAUAAAUACGCCAGCCGUUCCAGCAUCUGUCUCUUUCUGCCUUUUUCUUCUCUCCUGGACUCCGGCUGGAAGAAAUUAAAGGCGUUUCUUUUUUAGUGGGAUUGGAAUUGAAUCCAGGGGAUCUUUGUUGUUUUUGUGCGCUGCAUAUGGAGGAAGGGAAGAUGGGGAACGUGGCGACGGUGAGGGCGGUGCUGGCCAUCCUCCAAUGGUGGUGCUUCAACGUCACCGUCAUCAUCAUGAACAAAUGGAUCUUCCAGAAACUGGAGUUCAAAUUUCCUCUGACCGUGUCGUGCGUCCACUUCAUAUGCUCUUCCAUCGGAGCUUACAUCGCAAUCAAAAUGCUCAAGAUAAAACCGCUGAUCGAGGUUGCCCCCGAGGAUCGCUGGAAAAGGAUAUUCCCCAUGUCAUUUGUGUUCUGCAUAAACAUCGUGCUGGGAAAUGUCAGCCUGCGGUACAUCCCAGUCUCCUUCAUGCAGACUAUCAAAUCCUUCACUCCUGCAACGACAGUUAUCCUGCAGUGGUUGGUCUGGAGGAAAUACUUUGAGUGGCGCAUAUGGGCUUCAUUGGUUCCUAUUGUGGGGGGAAUCCUCUUGACUUCAGUAACUGAGCUUAGCUUCAACAUGUUUGGUUUUUGUGCCGCCAUGGUUGGCUGCCUCGCCACGUCUACAAAGACCAUCUUGGCAGAAUCCCUACUCCAUGGAUACAAAUUUGACAGCAUUAACACGGUGUACUACAUGGCACCCUUUGCCACCAUGAUACUGUCAGUACCAGCGAUUGUACUCGAAGGGGGCGGCGUGAUCAACUGGCUAUACACAUACGAGUCAACUGUCCCUGCACUGAUCAUCAUAAUCACCUCAGGAAUUCUCGCCUUCUGCCUCAACUUCUCCAUCUUCUACGUCAUCCAUUCGACGACCGCCGUGACCUUCAACGUGGCCGGCAACCUCAAGGUAGCUGCUGCGGUGCUUAUCUCCUGGAUGAUCUUCCGGAACCCGAUCUCCGCCAUGAACGCGGUCGGGUGCGGGAUCACGCUCGUCGGCUGCACCUUCUACGGCUACGUGAGGCAUCUCAUCUCCCAGCAAGGCGCCACCCUGAGCCCGCGGACCCCGAGAAGCCGGAUGGAGAUGCUCCCCCUCGUAGGCGAAAAGCAAGAGAAGAUCUAGGAAGCAAUACAAUGCAUAGUCCCUAGCUGUUGACAAUCAUAGAGACAAUUAAUAAACAGCAUUUUGGCAUAGAGAAAGGCUCCAGCAUAUAUACAUUCUUUUUGGUGUCAGUGACAAUGCUACUAUGUUUGAUGACCCCUGGAUUACAAUCCCUAUUGCUUUAAGCUUUAAUGCUGGUCGCUGCACCCAGUUUAUUGUU